CAUAAAAUGGAUGCGGACCAAUGAGGUGCGAGCAUUGCCGUUUGUAUUCUGGCAUCGGCAAACGGCACGGUGAAAACGCCGAGUAGCGAGUUUGGUAGCCAGCCGCCACUGCUGAUCUCAUGAAAAUUGACUUUAUAUUAUCGAUUUGGUUGUUAACUACCUCAAAAUGUUGGGAGAUUUGAACAAACUUAAGGUUGUUGAGUUGAAGGCGGAGUUGGCAAGCCGGGGUUUGGACACGAAAGGUGUGAAAGCUGUUCUCGUCGACCGACUGAAAGCGGCCCUUGAGGAAGAGGGAGGAGGAGGUGUAACAAUGGGUACGGCAGAACCAGCACCUGAAGAUCAGAAGGCUUCGUUCGAGAGUAAUGAUGAAACUGAAGACGUGCCACCAACACCGACUCGUAGGGGAAGACGGACAUCAGCAAGAGAUGCCUCUUCUGCUGAUGAAGCAGAGACUCCUGCAACCUCACAAGUUGCUAUGGAACCAGUUCCUGUUCAGGAAGAAACAAGGCCCAUAGAAGAACAACCAGCCGCUGCGGUGGAACAAGCUCCUCCAGCAGAAGAGGAUCGUACUCCUCAUGCUUUUGUCCAAGAUGAUGCUGUCAAUAUUCCACCCUUUAGGAUACACGAAGCAUCAGAGAGUGUUGCUGCUGUUGAUGACACUGCUUCUAGGGAUGAUGAUUCCCAAAUUGUGAAUGAUGAGGAGUCAUCUGAAAGUAAGAGUUCAUCCGAACCGCAGGACAGUCUACCUGAACAGGCAGCCAACCAGGAAGAAGAUGAACCACAGCCUGCUGUUGUAUCUGAGGAAGAUAAAUCGAAUCCCUUUGAUGAGGAGUCCAAACCGUUCUCUUCCGAUCUUGUUGGAGAUUCAGAGUCCUCCAGCUAUGACUUUAGGGCGGACCCAUCACAACCUACAGAACAGGAUGAAGAGAUUCUGUUGAGAGGUGACACAGAGCUGUCCCAACCCGAGCCCGAAUCUAUGGACAUCAAAGUAGAGCCCCCAGAUAAUGAGCAAGUGAAAUUAGAGCCUGGUGCCUCUCAAGAUGAGUCUGAAGUUAAAGAAGAGCACCCUGAUGGCUCAAGAAGAUCUCGCAAGUCUCGUUUUACUGACAAUGAUGAUCCUGUUCAGAGUGGUGCUGAAGUCAAGGAAGAGCCUAUGGACACUGAUGCAACAGAAGAAUCUUCUCAAGUUAAGUCUGAGUCCUCAAAUGACCGAAAGAGGCGUCGCUCUUCAAGCCGCAGCCCUAGAAGAUCAAGAUCACCUCAAAUUAAACGGCAGGAUGAUGAGCCAGAAAUCGACGAAUCUGCUGUUCUUCUAAGUUGGUAUGACUCUGACUUGAACUUGGUCAUAGAAAAGGACAACUUCUUGUCAGCCACCCCGAUGCAUCAGCAAGGCUUUGGUUACAUUUGGGCUGGUGCGCGGGCAUCCUAUGGUUUCUCAAAAGGAAAAGUUUGUUAUGAAGUGAAGUGCCUAGAAAAUUGUGAUGUGACACACCUGGAAGAUGAGCCCAACCCCCAUGUCUUACGUGUCGGUUGGUCUGUCCAGGGAACAUCAAUGCAGCUAGGGGAAGAGAAAAUUUCUUACGGGUAUGGAGGCACUGGCAAGAGCAGUGUGAACUGUCAAUUUAAGGACUAUGGUACAUCGUUUUCUGUGGGGGAUACUGUCACUGCCUAUCUUGAUAUGGACAGUGAACCAAAGAUCAUCUCUUAUGCAGUUAAUGGAGAGCCACAGGGAGUAGCUUAUGAAAUAAGUGCUGAAGUCCUUGGAGAAAAUGCUUUGUUCCCUCACAUUUUGACUAAAAAUGUAAAGUUUGCUGUAAACUUCUCUUCUGAUCCGACUCAUCCUAUCCUUGAUGGCUUCACUCUCUGUGGUAAUGUUGCUCUUGAAGACAGAGUUGCAGGACCAAAACGCCCUGAAAAGAAGGAAGACUGUGAAAUGAUUAUGAUGUGCGGUUUACCUGGCAGUGGUAAAACUUAUUGGGCCAACAAUCACUAUGCGGAAAAUCCAGAAAAGUUGUUGAACAUCCUAGGCACAAAUAAUCUCAUUGACAAAAUGAAGGUUAUGGGGCUUCCACGCAAGAGAAAUUAUUCGGGACGCUGGGAUGCACUUAUUGACAAGUGCACCAAAUGCUUGAAUAAAUUGUUUGAAAUUGCUGGCCGAAGGAGGAGGAAUUACAUUCUGGAUCAGACCAAUGUGUACCCAUCUGCAGUAAGGCGCAAAAUGAGGUCAUUCGAUGGCUUCAAGAGAAGAGCUGUUGUAAUAGUUCCAGCUGAGGAUGAAUUCCAAAGACGUGUAGCCAAACGAGAAGCUGAGGAAGGAAAAGAUGUACCGGAUUCUGCUGUGCUCGAGAUGAAAGCCAACUUCAAGGUACCGGAGGUUGGUGACAUCUUCUCUGAAGUUGUGUUCGUGGAACUGCCAGAGGAGGAAGCACGUGCGCUAGUGGAGAAGUACAGGGAAGAAGCCAAAGAGAAAGGCAUCGUGGCGCAGGCACCGCCAGCCAAGCGGUUCAAGACGGAGAGAUCCGGCGGCUCAGGCUCUGGAGACCGACGACAUGACGAGAGGCACUCUAGCCGGGACAACAGAGACUACAGGGACCGCAGGGACCACCGGGGGGACAACCGGGACAACCGAGACUACCGAGAUCGCGGCAACUUCCGGCCGCGAGGUGGGCCUAAUGACCGAAAUAGGAGCGGCUGGCAGCCUCGGGGUAUGCAGGGUGGCGGCGGCUGGAGAGACGGCAGGAAUGAUAGCUACCGAGGAAAUCGAUCUGAUUCAAGAGGACAGUGGCGAAGUGGCGGUCGAGGAGGCAUGGGAGGCGGAGGCUAUGACCGUCAUCGCGGAGGUGGCUACAACCAGAACAGAGGCGGGGGCGGCUACGGAUCCAGAGGAGGUUCAAAGGGAUGGGGCUACAACCAGGGUUCUGGGGGUUCUUCAUGGGGCAGCUGGAACCAGCAACCUCAGCAAGACUAUUCACAGUGGCAAGGCCAGAGUCAGAGCCAAGGCCACGGUACAGGCUACAACACCAGCUGGAAGGGUUAUGGCCAACAAUCGCAUCAGCAGCAGCAAAGCUACAACCAGCAGGCUACUGGCUACAAUACCCAGGGCUAUAACAGCUAUGGAAAUGGGAACAGCUCAUACAAUAAUUGGAACCAGCAGUAUUAUCAGGGUUAUGGUGUCUGGGGACAGCAGGCUGGAGGAAGCACAGCCUCUCCUACCACUGCUGGUACUGGCACAGGAGCUACUUCAAGCUCUACUGUGGGCACAGCAAGUACUGCCUAUGACCCUUACCAACAACAAUGGAAUCAAUUUUCCUCGUAUGGUUAUUCAACCAGUUCAGGCCCAGCCACAGCAGGUGCUUCAGGAACGUCUCAUGGUAGCAAGUGAAGCAUGUGGCUUGUCUAGAAACCCAUCUGUACCUGCAUAAUGUAUGUACUAAUAUGUACAUAAAAAAGAAAAUUGGGAAUAUUUAAAAUGAACAAGCGUCGAUUUGUCCCUUCAUGUCAAGUUUCGAGAUGUAACUCUCCUUUUUAUUUUCCCUCCCCUCAUUUUUUUUUUUUUUUAGUACUUCAGUACCUCUUUAUUAUGUAGACAUGCUUCGAUAUUUUAGUUUUGUGAAAGAAUUCGCACAUGAACUUAAUGGAAGCGAAAACUGUUUUGGUAAGAUCAUGCCAAUUUAAUGUGUGCAACGCAAAAAUUAUGUUAACUUGAGGUGUGUGCACAGCCCUACACCCUAAAUUAUAGUUAUGUAUGGUUCACUCAAGUAUUUUAUGAAUCAAAUUAAUGAUUAGAAUGUUUUUACUGUUUAUUGUCUAUGUGUUGCUUUGUUUUCCAAUACUGUACAAAUUUGUGACUAAAUAUAAAUGUACUGUA